AUGUACAAGUAUUUGAAAUAUCUUGUCCAUGUCAUUACAAUAGCAUGUUGUCUACAAAGUCGGCCUGUGAGUUGUGCGUGCGGUGGAAAUUUACCCUGGGGUGAAAUUAUUACUUUACCUCAAGACCAACACGGAAAAUAUAAGAACAAUCUGGAAUGCACUUUUCAGGCUAAAUUUCAGGCAAGCAUCGCUCCCAAUGUAUUGGAACUCUCGUGGUAUGACUUCGAAAUCGCUGGCAUCCUACCUAACUGCGACACAGAUUAUGUGGAAAUUUUCGUAAGCUGUUCAUACACAUCUAUUGGGAAAUUUUGCGGCAAAAGAAAGCCGAGUGCUGUAAUCUCCCCCGACCGGUGUCUUCGACUCGUGUUCCAUUCGGAUGAUGCCGUAGCAGGUCGUGGAUUUAAAGCUAGACUUAUUGUUGCAGCGAAACCCAGAGGUUUGCUUCACCUUUACAAUCGCAGGCAACAAGUGAAGCUGAAUUCAAGUUCUGAGAGUGGCCUUGUUUCUUCACCAGGCUACCCUGCGCGUUAUCCUGCGCAAUGUGAAUCGCAGACAUUAACAUUCGAAACAACACUACAGAGGAUGGGAGUUCGUAUCUACUUCAUGGAUUUUGACACACAAGGAUCUGGAAUAUGUCAAAGUCCUAAGGAUGACAUUCUAACAAUUAAAGUGUGGAAAUCUAAUGGAGAGGUUGUCAUGUUUAAAUUGUGUGGCCAACGAGAACCGUUUUACCUAACCUGGACUGGCGAUCACCUGCGAAUUUCCAUAAAGUUUACAUCGAACAACGACUCGUUUGUCUCACGUGGGUUUGUGGCCGGUUACAUCUUUUACCAAUUGCCAGGAAAAUCCACGGGUAGCAUUAUGAUAGGAACUGUUGCAAGUGUUGCGCUUCCAUAUUUAUGCUUGAUUCUGUAAUUAAGGUUUACAAUAUUA